AUUAGAAUAAAUAUAAAGAGAAGAGGCUCUCUUGUCUUGUGCGUUGUGUUGGUUCUCAGAUCAAAAGCGUAGGAUCUGUUGUGUCGUGUAAGUAUGCUCCGUUCAUCGCUCCGAUCGUUUUCGACGUCGGCGAGGGCGUCCAAGCAGCUCCAGAACCACAAUUUCCUGUCGCCGAACUCCUUCCUGGGAAGCUGGGAGGCGCCGCGGGACCCCAAGGAGGCGGAGGCGAAGCUGGCGCGGCUGCGGAGGGAAUACGCGAAGCAAGUGAAGGAGGUUCGGAAGGAGUAUAUAAGAGAGAUGGAGGCCAUCAAGAUGGAGAAGGACCGCAAGGACGAGGCUCGCAGGGAGGCUCUCCGCGUCGCCAAUGAAGAGCGCAAGAAGCUCAAGGCUCAGGCCGCGCAGCUCAGAGCGCAGGAACGUCACAUUGAACGACAACACUUCCGAGAAACCCUCUUGAAAGAAAGAGCAGAGAAACUUGCAAACUGGAGGAUGAAAGUCAAAAUGCACGAAGAGAAGAAGGCAGAGAAGAAAGAAUUAAUGCAUCGACAAAGUUCGAUGUGGAUUGAUGAAGAGAAUCUUGAAAAAAAAUUUCUGGAUUCCAUUUCUGAUAUGGUGCAUCUUUGAGCUCCUUACAGUUCUGGAUUUAUUGGUUGAGGUCUGUGUUAACUGGUCAGUAGAAUUUUGGCUUGUGUUCAAAGCAGCCUCAUAAAAAUAGUUUUUGCAUUUAGAUGAUCACAUUUGUGCUUAUAGCCCACACAAUACUUUGGAUGUAUUAUUAUUCAUUGUUUUGGUUUGGGAUCAAGCUUAUUACUCGGCAUGAGAAUAUUAAAAAUAGAAUGAUAUUGAAUCUAUUCUAGUAGCUAAUAAGUCAAGUGGCUUUGUGUGCAAUGACUGAGUGGUAGGGAAACUAUAAUUGAGAUCCUGGUUUGGCCUUAUUGAGGUUUUUUGAUGAUAACACAAAUCUGUGAUCACGGUAUAUCAAGUAACAGCUGCCACUGAUUUUAAAUUUA